AUGUCAUUCGUUAAAUUCCUCCCAGAAACUGUCGUCAAGAGACUUCAAAACUCAUGGUUAGAAUACAGAAAGAUUGGAUUGUACUAUGCCGAUCUUUACAAUGAAACUCCAGUCAUGAAGGAAGCCCUCAACAGAUUGCCACCACAAGUCCUCGUCGAGAGAGACAGAAGAAAGGCUAUUGCUUUUGAUUGCAACGUUAAGAAGAUUUACUUGCCAGAGAACUUAUGGUCAGAUUUAGAGAAGGAUAAGAUUUACACCGAUCAAGUCGAAGGUGUCAUGCAACAAGUCGAGAAGGAAUUUGAAAUCCGUCGUCAAUUCAGAGAAUAA